AUGUUCAGGAAAACUUUGAGUAUUUUUACACUCUUAGUUGUUUUGGCUGGUGUAAGUGCAAGUUAUGUUUCACCUAGAGCAUCUAGAACUUCCAGAUUUCCACAAACAAAAACAAUUGAGCCCGAUCAUUCUGGCGUAUACCUAACUCCAAAUGUAAAACCAUCCGAUUCUGAAUUAAGAAAUAGACUUUUUGGUGCACCUGGUCAAUCACCAGCUGAUUUAUCUUCAGCUGUCCAGGUUAUUCUUAAAGAGGAAGAUUCAGGCUCUCUUACCAUCCAAACAUCUGGAUCUCAGGCAUUCACUAAGAACGCCCUCUUCUAUUACCCUCUAAUUUCUCCAACUAAAAGGGGAAUCGUUGGCUUUUGUGAGGAGGACUCUAAACUUAUCGAUAACAUUGAGAGUACACUGUUGCUUGAGGCUGAACCAAUCAUAACUUCUCUCCCUGAUACAGAUGCAAAGAAGGUUUAUUCUGAAGUUUUGGGUUAUAUGAAAUCACUUUGUAAGACACAAAAAGAGAAGUUAAAUAACCUCAAAGCAUCCUUAUCUGAUCUCUCUUUGGAUGAGGAGGUGGAUGAGAGCACAUCUACUAGGGCAUUUGUUCUUGCUAAGGAAGAUGAUAUCCUUGUCACUACUACAUUUAUGUUGAUCGCUCAUGCGUCUCCCUAUCCUAUUCCUGGAAAGUCACCUAAGGUACCGAGGGACUUGGAAGGUUUGAACAAUUAUUUGAAGGAGCAAUGCUCUAUGAUUGAGUCACAACUUGGAUAUAUUGAUAUGAAUAGUGGCAGAAUUGACAGAAUUCCAGUGCUAUACCAGCGUCAACAUGCCCAAAGAAUUCGUGAGAAGCUAGUUUCGGAUAUUGAGCAAGAAUUAGAUCUCUGUAAGGCUUUCUUCAAGGAGUUAUCAACUGCUGACAAGGUUACUGAUGAACUAGUUUCCAAGGUGAACUCACAAUCACAAUCAAUUGAUGAUAUUAAUGCAAAUAGUUUAUCAUUGGCAUAUCAUUUGGAUAAAUAUUCUCCUCUACUCCCCAAAUGGGCGAGAGAUCAGACUAAGGAUCCAUUCAUAGUCCAAAGCCCUGAAGGUUAUGGUAUUGUUAUGUCUGAACCAAACAAAGAACUUUUAGAAUUCCACGAAACAGUUGUUCUUAAGAGGGCAGAAGAAGGUGAUAAGGAAGCAGAAAGAGCUUUAUUUGUUCAGAGAACUGCAGUCUCCGUUCUUGAGCAUCGUGAAAGGACAACCAAUUUCGCUGCUCUCCAGUUUUUCACUACUUUAGAGUCCAAGGCCAUGGGUACACUUUCAAAGUCUUCAACAGUUGUAGACCCCAAUGCAGAUUUCUCCACUAAUGAGAUCGAAUCUGAUAUUGAAGAUUCCUCUGUUAGAGAAUCUUCCCCUGUGUUAACACCAAGUAGAAAACUCGCAGAAGCUAUUUCCGAAGCAGAAGAAGGAGAUGAUGAUGAGAUGCCUGGUUUACAGGAAGUACCUGAUCCACGGGUCUUGACUCCAGAGGAAAUAUUGAGCAAGGUCGCAGCUGGUCAAACAUAUACCCCCGCUCAGUGUUCUUCAUUAACAUGCCUCUCCGGUCCCUCAUGUAUUAAAAACAAGGACGGGUCACCCAAGUUAUGCUACAAAGCAACGUGCGUUAAGAAGGAUUGUAGCCAUGUUGCUGUGCAUACUGUGGAUUGUUCCAAUGCAAAGUGUGACAAAGGUUCAUGUAAAUGUGGAAAAUGCGUUGGCGGUGAAUGUAAGACUGGAAAGUGUGUAGGAGGGUCUUGCCAGUCAGGUUCAUGUUCUUCCACUAGAUGCGUUGGUUGUACUACAGAGGUUCCAAGACUUGAAGGCUGUGUCGCACGCCCUGCUCGCUGCACCGGAGGUUCAUGUUCUCCAGCUAAGGUUAGGGGUGCUAAGUGUGUUAAACGUGAAGUUUUACAGGAUUAUCAUUGUGCAAAGCAGGAGUGUUCCAAGGGUGAGUGUGUUAAAGGUGAAUGUAAGAGAGGAAAGUGUGUCUCUGGUGAUUGUUCCCCAUGUAGAUGUUACUCAGAUGAAUGCGUGGCUCCAAGAUGUCAACCUGGGUCUUGUACACCAGGAACUUGCACUACUGGCUCAUGUAAUAUGGGCGAAAGUCAGACUGGCUGCGAGAAAGGAUCAUGUAAGGGAGGCUACUGUAUUGGACCUAAGUGCAGUGGCAAUGAGUAUAAUGGAUUCAAGUGCAAGGGCUCAGAAUGUACUCCUGCUAGGUGCCAUCCAUCUUGUAAGGGUUGCAGUUGCACUACAGCCAAGUGCACUGGUGGUGAGUGUACCCCAGCUAAGUGUGUAGGAGGAAAGUGCGGCCGCGUUCACUGUGAUGGUUGUUCCAACUCUUUAUGUUACCUUGAAGGUGCCAAGUGUGUUCCAGCAAGAUGUAGAGGUGUAAAAGUUAUACCUGCUCGCAUCGUCGGCCGUGAUGGUAGAGCUGUGGGCACAUGCAACAGUUGCUCGAAUGGAUCUGGAUGCGCAAAAAAAUCAAGUUACAACAAACCAGAUUACUGUGUACGCGAAAAACCGGAAGAAGUUUGCGGAGCUCCUUCCUGUAAAAAGCGCAAGUGUGAAGGGUCCAACUGUUAUGAUUCGAAGUGCAAAGGAUCUGAGUGUACUAGAGCUACCACUACUGGAUUCAGCACUACUACUACCACCACCAGACCUACUAGGUACACUACUACUACUACUACCACCACCAGACCUACUAGGUACACUACUACUACUACCACCAGAGCUACUACUACUACUACCACUACCAGAGCUACUACUACUACCACCAGAACUACAACCACUACAACAACCACCACAACAACUACAACUACCACUACUACCACCAGAGCUACUACCACUACUACUACCACCAGAGCUACUACCACUACCACCACUACUACCACUACUACCACCAGAGCUACUACCACUACUACCAGAACUACUACCACUACCAGAACUACUACCACUACCAGAACUACUACCACUACUAGAACCACUACAACUACUAGAACCACUACAACUACCAGAGCCGUUUUUACCGGUCUCAGAACUUCCACAACAACGGUCUCGACGUCUAUUUCUACUGGACCGUCUCGUAGAUUACUAGCUCAAGUACCGGAAGAUGAAACAGGUUAUGUGAAGAGACCAGAAUCAAGAAGACCAGAAUCAAGAAGACCAGAAUCAAGAAGGCCAGAAUCCAGAUUACCAGAAUCAGGCAGACCAUCCUCUAAAAGUACAAACGGUUGUGGAAAGUGCUCGGGUGAGUGCUGCAAGUGUAAGAGCGGCAAAUGCAAGAGUUCUGGUUGCUCUUGUGGAUGCGUUGUUGGUUGUGCCAUGGGCUGCUGUAACGGUGGUGCCAAUGGUACUCCUGAUCCAGUAAGAUUAGCAUCGGAGGCCGAAAGCAGAAUAGAAUAA